AACCUACCACAGGAAGAAACAACGUACUUAUGAUAACAAACUCUUUACGAAAAUCAUUCAAGACAGUGAUGUUAUUUCGAAAGAAUUUCGCCGUAUAGAUACCAUUCCUUUCAACGCGGAGGCUUUCCUUUGGUACUGCACUGGUGAUGAGCAGUUUGCUUGAUCGGCGCUAUGGUCAUUACGGGCAUGAUGUGAACAAUGAACUAAUCCUAUAAAUCUGCUUAUAGAUCAUCUUACAUGUACACUCGCAAAUGGUGGACUCUCGCCGAGGUCACUGUAAUACUUCAAACGCUACUGCCAUAUAAAACGGAGCUCUGGUUGAAUUUGAAUGGCCAGCAUUCAGGUGAAUCUACAAGUCUCUUGCCAUCAGCCAAAAAAAAUGGCCAUCCCUAUUACAAACAUCCGUACCGUCUCAGCAGAUGGUGUAGACAUAUUUUAUCGCGAAGCGGGUGACCCAGCUGCGCCUACGGUGCUUCUCCUGCAUGGCUACCCAGCUUCAUCUUUUAGCUACCGGAACCUCAUCAUGGCUCUCGCACCCAAGUAUCAUGUUAUUGCUCCCGAUCUUCCUGGUUUCGGUUUCACCGUGGUACCCACCGAACGCAACUACGUGUACACAUUUGCCAACUUCGCAAAGACCGUCGAGGCAUUCACCGAUGUCCUCAAGUUAACUCGGUACUCAAUGUACGUAUUUGACUAUGGCGCGCCGACUGGCUUCAGGUUGGCACUCUCUCGACCUGACGCAAUCACAGCCAUUAUCACCCAGAAUGGAAAUGCGUUCGUCGAAGGGCUUGGUCCAUUCUGGGAUAACAUUCGCCCAUACUGGAAGAAUCCGAAUCCCGAGACGCGAGAGUCCACCAGGUGGUUGACUUCGUUCGGUGCGAUUAAAUGGCAGUACGACACGGGGGAAGCGAACCCUGCAUCUAUCCCUCCUGAGACUUACAAUCUCGACGACCAUCUCCUCUCCCGUCCGGGAAAUGUUGACAUACAGCUUGAUUUGUUCCUCGAUUACGCUACGAACAUCGAGCUCUACCCCGCGUUCCAUGAGUAUUUGCGCAAAUAUCAACCACCCGUUCUCGCUAUCUGGGGCGCCAACGAUGAAGUAUUCGUACCUGCCGGGGCUACCGCGUUCAAGAGGGUUUUACCUAAUGCCCAAGUAGACUUUGUCGACGGCGGUCAUUUCGCGUUAGAAAACCACUUAGAGGUGAUUGCAACCAAAAUGUUAGAGUUCUUGGAAAGGAGCGUCUGAUCUUAUCGUCGAAAUAUUGGAACGGCGCCACUGUAUAGUGUAAUAUAUCUUGUAUGUACGAUAAGCCCAAAGAUUGGUUUA